CAAAGAUAGAAACUUUAACACAUUUGAGGAUUGAAUUUGGAUUAAAUUGCAGUGAAACUUGAGGAAUGGGAAGAAGAUAAAAAGAUGAGCCCACAAAGAUUGUGAUGAUAAUCUUUUUCUUUUGUAUUUGAUGACAAUUCAUGAGAUGUGGUGGCAGGGGAUGAGGGAGUUGCUGAUAAAAUUUGUCGCUGUCGGCUCUAUCUCAGCAAACCCCAGCCUCUACUCACUGUAAAGGCUUACAAAACAAUGGCAGAACAGUAUAUUAAAGAAGAAAAAGGAUAAAGAAAGGCUUAAAAAAGGGCCAAAAAAACCAUUUAAAUAAAAUAUAAAAGAAUGUAGAGAGAGAAAGAGUUAGAGAGAGAAAGAGAAGGACUCUUGGGGUUAGGGGAAGCAGGCAUGUGGAUGAGUGGGGGACACACCAAACUCAUCAAUUGAAACCCUUUGAAAUAAUUGAGUUUCUCACAGAAAAUAAAGUAAACCAAACCCCAUCUCUUUCUCUCUCUACUUUCUCUCUCUACCCUUCUGUCCAUUUCUCACUUACAUAUAUUUUGGUUCUUUCAUGGUUUGUGAGUAGAAGUUAAUCAUUUACUUUUCAAGAAACAGAGGACUCUGUUUUUUAUUUGUGUUAGCUCUGGUUAGUGAAGAUGCCAAGACCAGGCCCUAGACCUUAUGAAUGUGUUAGAAGAGCUUGGCAUAGUGAUAGACAUCAACCCAUUAGAGGCUCUCUCAUUCAAGAAAUUUUCAGAGUUGCUAGUGAGGUUCAUAGCUCAGCUACUAAGAAGAACAAAGAAUGGCAGGAGAAACUUCCUGUUGUUGUUUUGAAAGCAGAAGAAAUUAUGUAUUCCAAAGCCAAUUCUGAGGCUGAGUAUAUGGAUCUUAAAACUCUUUGGGAUAGAACAAAUGAUGCUAUUAAUACAAUCAUUCGACGAGAUGAGAGUACCGAAACUGGAGAUCUUCUACAACCUUGCAUUGAAGCUGCACUGAAUUUGGGAUGCACUCCAAGAAGAACAUCUAGGAGCCAACGGAAUUGUAAUCCGAGGUGUUACCUAACUCCCGGCAGUCAAGAUCCAAACACUCUCACUCCUGGCAUGCCAAAUCAGAUAAGCGCUCCACAUUGCGUAGCUAACUUUUCAAACUUUGUAAAACCCAUAGUCAUGAACUCUACUCAUCCCGGAUUCGAAAUACACAACCUUCUCAUGGCAACUAAUACUGGCUGUCUAUCGCACUAUAACCAGUCUUUUCCUAUUGAACGUUAUCCUGUAUCAAACUUGUACUCCACUUAUCCUUUGUACUAUGGAAGUUGCAUAGAGGCCCAGCAAGGUUUAGGAGUUAUUCCAGAAUCUAUUUCUAGCACAAUAGAAACCGGAAAGGUGGGUAUUGAUGAGGAUGCUGCUGCGAAAUUGAGUCAACACGAUCCUCAGGAUAGUCCAAUGGAACAACAUGAAACUGGAUGUGAUUUAUCACUGCGAUUGGGCUCUCUUUCUGCUUCUUUGUCUAGUGCUCAAAAUCCGCAGCUCCAGGAUAUUGAUGAUAACAGUCACGAUUCUUCGCAAAAGGGAGUCAAUUUCAACAAUCAGACGCCAGUUUUAGAUGAGAAGUUCUCUUUUCCACUAGAUUCGCGUUCAAGAAAACUGAGUGAAGGUGGAAGUGUAGAUGAGAUAAUGAAAAAGCGCAAGGCGGUUUUUGGUUACCCUGUGGAUGAUCAGGCAUACAGGUGGCAUUCAAAGCUUCCGUGUAGUGAUUUAAAGAGGCAAAAUGAAAAGCGGAAGGAUUUAGACUGACCAAUUCUAUUCGACUCACAAAAUGAAACUAAUGGAUUCUCCUUAGCCAGAACGGAGAGUGCAGGUUCAUUUACUAAAGCAUUUUUUUAUAAUUUAGCUGUACUUGUAGUUUCCCUCGGCAGUGUGAAGUUGCUUGGUGCAAUGUUGUACAAAUGUGAGAUGUAAAAAUAACAAAUGUAAAUUAGAAGAACUGAUCUAGGAGAAAAAUUAACAGAAGAGUCUUGUUCUUUACAAUGUGCAUAAAAUUUUUUGUUUGUUUUUUGUUUAAAUCUGAGAAUCUUAGUUCUAUACUAUUUUGGUCUGA